AUGGCUGAGCCUAUCAAGAACAAGCGGGAUGUCGUUGCGCCGACCCCGCAGAACACUCCCGCCAACAACGCUCCCAUUUCCUCGCACGCACAGCAGCCUGGUGUCUCCAGCAUCAAGGAGGACGAGCUGGCCGAGCAUGCCUCCCUCUUUGCCCAGAACCCUCACCUGGUGUCCAUGAUCCAGGGUCGUCUCGGUUCCCUGGUCGGCCGUUCCUCUGGCUACAUUGAGUCGCUCCCCGCCCCUGUCAAGCGCCGUGUUGCUGGCCUCAAGGGCAUCCAAAAGGAGCACUCGAAACUCGAGGCCGAGUUCCAGGAGGAGGUCCUCCAGCUCGAGAAGAAGUACUUUGCCAAGUUCACCCCUCUGUACCAGAAGCGUGCCGAGAUCGUCAACGGUGCCGCUGAGCCUACCGAGGAGCAGGUUGUGGCUGGCGAGGCUGAUGACGAGGAGGACGACGACGAGGCUAACGAGGCCGAGAAGACUGAGGAGAAGCCCACCGAGGAGACUGCUGAGAAUGUCUCUGGUAUCCCCGAGUUCUGGUUGUCGGCCAUGAAGAACCAGAUCUCCCUGGCUGAGAUGAUCACCGACCGUGAUGAGGCUGCCCUGAAGCACCUUGUCGACAUCCGCAUGGAGUACCUGGACAAGCCCGGUUUCCGCCUGAUCUUCGACUUUGCCGAGAACGAGUUCUUCACCAACAAGACCAUUACCAAGACCUACUUUUACCAGGCCGAGAACGGCUACGGCGGUGACUUCAUCUACGACCACGCCGAGGGUGACAAGAUUGAGUGGAAGGAGGGCAAGGACCUGACUGUUCGCGUUGAGAGCAAGAAGCAGCGCAACAAGAACACGAAGCAGACUCGCAUCGUCAAGAAGACUGUGCCCACCGAGUCCUUCUUCAACUUCUUCUCGCCUCCGGCUGUCCCUGGUGAGGACGACGAUGCCGCCUCGGACAUUGAGGAGCGUCUCGAGCUCGACUACCAGCUGGGUGAGGACAUCAAGGAGAAACUCAUUCCUCGUGCCAUUGACUGGUUCACUGGUGAGGCCCUGGCCUUUGAGGAGAUUGAGGAUUACGAUGGAGAGGAUCUGGAUGAUGAGGACGACGAGGAUGAAGACGAUCUUAGUGACGAUCGUGACGAAGACGACGAGGAGUCCGAGGAAGAUGAUGACGGUGCCAAGCCCAACAAGGAGGCUGCCGAGUGCAAGCAGAGCUAG